CUAAAUAAAAGCAUGUGGCUGAGCUCAAAUAUCAGCAGAACCUGUUCAAUGCUGAGAUCAGAGGACAUUAGUGAGUUAAAAUACAUUUGAAACAUUUAAGAUGCGUUUCUAAAAAAGUAUUGAACAAGAUCAGCUGAUCAUACAUUUUGCUACUUUUAUUUUAGUACUAUGAUUGGUGCCCUGUGUAGGCGGGAUUUCCGGGUCUUUCGGCCUGCAGGUCUCAUGAAUCCCUAGUGCGCAGACUCCAUCUCAUCAGCACAGUCAGAACCUCGUCCGUCUGUUUUGUUCGGUUCUGGAAGCGUUAAUAAAGCUGAAAGAGAGGAACAUCGGUGGCUGGUGGACUCUGGAAGAAGUCCGGCGGUUCGCAGCUGAGUUGAGAGUUUGGAGAAAGAAAAGCUACCAGAAAUGUGGAGACAGCAGGUCCAGCAGCCUCAGGAUGCAGCAGAGCGGAGACACAGAAACAUGGAUCCUGUUCUCAGUCCUGAUUCCCCAGCGCACACGUUAGGUAAACCACACGAGAAUGGCUUAAAGGAACUGCUGAACCAUGUUGCAAACAAAGCACCAGAAAGAUGUUCAGAAGAGCCUUUUGGUUAAAGAAGAAGCUCCUGCAGAACAGAGUCUUGGUGUGGACCAGCAGGACCCAGAGCUUCUUCACUUCAAGAAGGAACAGGAGGAAAUCUGGAGCCUGGAGGAAGAGCAGCUCAAUGUGAAGGAGGAGACGGAUCCCACCAGGUUUCCACUGACCAUAGUUCUUGUGAAGAAAGAGGAUGAGGAAGAUAAACCUCUGUUCUCACAACUUCAUGAACACCAAACAGAAGAUGGAUAUCUUCCAAAUAGCAGCUCAGCUGAGCAGAUGAAAGCAGAAACUGAUGAAGAGGACUGUAGAAGAGCAGAGUCCAGCAGGAACCCAGAUCUAAAUACUCACAGAGACACUUCUAACUCGUCAGAAACUGAUGUCAGUGAUGAUGAAGAGGAGGAUGAUGUGAACCUUCCGGACUCUCAGCUGAAACAGCUUUCAGAUUCUGGGUCUGAAACUGAGGACAGUGAGAAUGACUGGAAGGAGAGCAGAGCUGCCGAGUCAGGAGGACAUGCUGUCACCAAGUCUUUGGGCUGCUCUGAGUGUGGUCAACAGUUUAACAGGUGCUCCCAACAGAGACACGUCAUGGCAUGUCACUCAACAGCAAGGUCUGUCGGCUGUUUGCUUAACAAGAAAAGUGUUAGAGAAAAGAAAAAUCUUGAGUCGCUGAGGAAAGUCCAAACAAGUGUUAAAUGUUUUACCUGUGAUGACUGUGGAAAAAGCUUUAACUGGAAAAAUAAUAUAAAUGUUCACAUGAGAAUCCACUCAGGUGAGAAACCGUUCAGUUGUGAUGUUUGUGGCCGAAGAUUCAGCCAGAAGUCACAUUUAAACAUUCACACCAGAAUUCACACAGGAGAGAAACCGUUUGGUUGUGAUGUUUGUGAACAAAGAUUUAGUGAUAAGUCCCAUUUAAACAAACACGUAAGAAUCCACACAGGAGACAAACCUUUAGGUUGUGAUGUCUGUGGGCAAAGGUUUGGGGAAAAGACAAGUUUGAACAGACACAUGAGAAUCCACACAGGUGAUAAACCGUUUGGUUGUGAUGUUUGUGGACAAAGGUUCAGUGAUAAGUCAACCCUAAAAAAACAUGCUAGGAUCCACACAGGAGAAAAGCCUUUUAGUUGUUAUGCUUGCGGGAAGAAAUUUAGCCUGAAAGGAAGUUUAAAAACACACUUGAGAAUCCACACGGGAGAAAAACCCUUCGGUUGUGAUGUUUGUGGGCAGACGUUUCGCCAACUGUCUAAUUUAAACGCACACACCAGAAUUCACACAGGAGAGAAACCAUUUGGCUGCGCUGUUUGUGGAGAAACAUUUACCCAAACGUCACAUUUUAACAGACAUAUGAGAAUCCACACAGGAGGGGAAAAUGCUUAGAGGAGAAUAUUAAAGCAACUGUUUAAGUAACACAGAAGAGUUCCAACCUAAAUUACAGGUUUUUUGUAAAUGUUUUACUUUACACUGUUUAAAAUGUAUAUUCCUCAUGUGAUAAGCUCUGUGUUUUAAUUCAGUUUAUUUAUGAUGCACCAAAUCCAAGCAAAUGUUAUCUUAAGACACUUUACAAAAAAAUGAUUUCAAGCAGGUUGGUCCAGGUUUCCAUCUGAAAGACUGUAUAAACAGGCUUCAAAUCAUUAAAAAUGGUUCAGUUUUAUUGUGGUGUUUUUUAUUCUAAUAAGUAAAUUUUCAAUAAAGCGAUUGAAGCUUAA